CGCUUAAGGAUGUUACUUCUCCAUCUUUCCACAUUUCUAUUCGUCGGAGGGAGUGCUCAGACCCUACUGGCGAACCCAUUUCAUCGGGUAGAAGGAGGUUCGAACCAUUCGAUAGCCGACGGGUUACGUGUCGAUCUGGGGUAUGAAGUCUAUCAGGGAGUUGCAGACCCCGACAAUGGGCUCAAUACUUUCAAAGGAAUUCGCUUCGCAGCAGCUCCGACUGGAGAACUACGAUGGCAAGCUCCAAGAGUGCCGAAAUCGAAUCGCGACACCGUUCUCCCCGCCCAAGAUUUCGGUGCCGCGUGUCCGCAAUCGGGCAGUGGCAUGAAGCCUAGCCCGCCAUUUCCGGGUCAGUCGGAGGAUUGCUUGUCUCUGAGCGUUUACGCCCCACAAAAUGCCUCCGGGUUGCCGGUCUUCGUGUGGAUUCAUGGCGGCGGGUACGCUGUAUCGGCUGGCACGGAAGACUUGACGAAUUUUGUGCGCGAUAAUGAUCAUGAGGUGGUUGGUGUUGCUAUCCAGUAUCGCCUUGGUGCAUUUGGAUUUCUUGCAGGAGACGAGGUAUACAGAAACGGUGUCGUAAACGCUGGUCUUCUGGAUCAGCAAUUUGCGUUGCAAUGGGUGCAAGCCCAUAUUGAAAAAUUCGGCGGCGACCCGGGAAAAGUGACCAUAGCCGGAGUUUCGGCAGGCGCUGGAUCCGUGAUGCUCCAUGAUAUAGCGAACGGUGGGGAGUUGGGAACUUCGUUGUUCACGAAUUCCAUCGCUGCUUCGCCAUUUCUGCCACAGCAAUAUGGCUACAAGGAUUGGAUACCUUCGCAGCAUUACUACGCUUUCGCAACAGCUGCUGGCUGCCCACCGCAAUGGGCGUACGGGAACAGUUCGCAAACAAUCUUUGAGUGUCUUGUCUCUCGGGACACUGCAACACUCCAAGAAGCAUCGACCUCAGUGUCAGCCUCAGGAACCUUCGGCUCCUUCGGAUUCCUCCCAGUCACAGAUGGCACUUUCCUACAAUCUACACCUAGCGAGGCGCUGGCUCAAGGCAAAGUCAACGGACUCAACCAGCUGACGGGAAGCAACGCAGAAGAAGGGCGCUUCUUCGUGAUGCCGAACAUCACCAGUGAAAACGACCUCCUUGCCUGGAUCCACCAAGCCUUCCUACUUUUCACACCUGAUGAGACGAACGAGCUCCUCGAGCAUUAUCCUGCGAGCAAUCUUAGCGCAGACACGCCUUUCUACGCAACCAACGGGGAAUCAGGACUCACUGCCAUCGACGUGAGCCAGACCGCGAGCGGCCACCAACAGCGCGCAAACACGAUCUAUGCCGAAACCACCUUCAUCUGCCCCAGCUACUGGCUAGCCGACGCGUAUACCUCGUCAGGCAAAGCCGGAUACAAGUACCAAUACUCAGUGACCAACGCAGUGCACGGAGCCGAUACUCCGAGCUCACUGAACAACAGCCCAGGACCAAACACUGGUCCUGAUUUCAUACGAGCGUUUGGACGCAUGUGGGGGAACUUUGUGCGGGAUGGGAACCCGUCGAUUUCUUCUGAACUCGCCAAUGGCGCGCUCAGCAAUGUCUCGUCGAAGAGCGCCUUGGAGGAUUGGCCGACUUUCGCCAUUGAGCAACCGAGAAUGGUGAAUUUGAACCAGACGGGUGGUGAACUUCUGCCCAUGGAGUUUCUGGAUCCGUAUUUCAUGUUUAUGAACAUCAGUGUGUACCAGGGCCCUGAUUUGAGAAACGAUUUCAAGGUCGUGGAUGGAUCUACGUGGGAAGGAGGGCGUGGUGAGAGGUGCGAGUUUUGGAAGAGGGUAGCUGAAAAGGUCCCAGAAUAG